UUCUCUAAGAUGCGGCGGCAAUGCACGGUAAACUGCCAGAUCGUAUUCAGAUUUCAUUCGUAUUAUUGCGAUCUUGUGAAUUCCUUAACGUCUUUAGGGGACCACACAUUUAGUCGACAACAAAAGAUGCAAAUAUUACUUGUAUCAUAUUUGCGUUGAAUUAGGUACCUGGAACCACUUCUCAAAUAAAACAAAUUUCAUAGCCUUAUUCAGGAAUCUACGAGAGUAGAAACCAAAAAUAUUUGACCAAAGAUGAAGGUGAUCGUUGCAGGAUUUGUUAAAACAGGAACCAAAACAAUGGCUGCUGUUCUUGACACUCUUGGAUAUUCAGUUCAUGAUUUUGAACACCAUUUAUAUCAUCUCGGAGACGAAUGGAUUAAGAUUUUGCAGCAAGGAGGCACAAAAGAGGAUUUUCGCCGAAUGUACGAAAACGUCGAUGUUGGAGUUGAUAUUCCGUUUGCAGUUUUUUGGGAAGAAAUUUUGGAAGCGUUUCCUGACGCUAAAAUAAUAUUUCUACAGCGAACUAGCGAAGAAAUUUGGGAAAAAAGCUUCCUCAACCAAGUAAAAAUGUUUAAUACAAAUUGGGGAUUCUUAGCUUUGUCAACAUUAUCUUAUACUGGAUUCAAAUUCUUUUAUACGCUGUCUAUUAUUGCACGCUUUUUAUUUGGCAACUACAACUUCUUGCCGUGGAAUGUAUUUUGCGGAGUGAGCAUGACUGUUGCCAGAAAACGGUAUAGAGACCAUUGCAACUCUGUUCUCACGAGAGCUCCUAAAGAUCGCCUACUUAUAUGUGAUCUGAGAGAAGGUUGGAAACCACUGUGUAAAUUCCUCGGCAAAGAUAUUCCAAAUGUUCCAUUUCCGCACGAAAACGAGAGAGGAAAGUUAGCGGAAACCUUGAUGAAACGAAGCCAGAUCUUCAAGAAGAUGCAAAAUGAAAUGAUGAUUAGUUUAAGUGUAAUUGGACUGAUUUUAUGCUAUUUGCUUUACUUGUGUAUUGGGCGUUUGCUGUAGAAAGAUGCUUUUUUCAUUUGCUUCUUCAUGCAAUGCAACGUUUAUAUUUUUUAAACCUUCCACCUCAAACAUUGAUUUUCUUCCCUGAUCUACCAAGUAUUCUAGCAAUUAUGCUUCAGGC